AUGGAUGAGUUUACGGCAAAUGCGUUUGCGAAUCGUGAUGAUUCUAUCCCGGUGAUAAGAUUCGAUCACACAGACGACCUUGAUGACGAUGCCGAAGAUACAAAUGGAGUAUCUAAGAGAGAGGGGGCGCGAGAAAGACUAAGAAGACACAAAUCGGAGUUGAAGGAAAAUUUCAAAAAGGCACACAGUAAAGCUUCGGAGACUUCGGCAACUGUACAAGAUAGAUUACUUGAAAAAUUACUACAACAGGUAAUACCAGUUGAAGACCUUGGCGAAAAUGGAAAAGAUGCGACUACUGCCCCUCCAAAUUUUGUUGAGAGACCUGCUUUCAACAUAACGACCAUGUCGAAUAAUUUCAGAAGAUUCAAUGCAAGAAUAGGAGUGGUUUUCGUCUUCCAAGCCAAAGUGAUACGUCUACUAAGCUGGAAACAAUGGUCGCAUACUCUCUCAUUUCUUGCAGUAUAUACUUUUGUCUGCCUAGAUCCAUAUCUUCUUACCGUUCUUCCAUUAGCGGUUCUUCUCCUCGCAAUCCUCAUACCUUCUUUCAUUGCUCGUCACCCCGCACCUCCUACAACUAUAACUACAGACUCGUUCACAUAUUCGACAACAGGCCCACCAAUAGCUCCGGCGCCAGUUGUCAAACCCGUUAAAGAGCUUUCUAAGGAUUUCUUCCGAAACAUGCGCGAUCUCCAAAACUGCAUGGAAGAUUUUUCUCGCCUCCACGACACAGUAAUUGCCCUAAUAUCUCCCUCUACAAAUUUCUCCAACGAACCACUGUCAUCUACUCUGUUUCUUUUCCUCGUAGUAACAGCAGCGUUUAUGUUCAUCGCUUCUCAUCUCAUGCCAUGGCGCUUUAUCUUCCUCACAAUAGGCUGGACCAUCACAUCUCUCGGUCAUCCAACCAUUCAACGCCAAAUGAUCACAACACAUACGACAGUCGUACAACCGCGCGCGAAACCCCUCCAAACUAGCCUCGAAACCUUCAUUUCUCAUGACAUCAUCCUCGAUUCCUCUCCCGAAACCCGCGAAGUAGAAAUCUUCGAGCUCCAAAAACUUUCCCGUGCAGGCGAGUGGGAACAUUUUGUAUUCAGCAGCUCACCUUAUGAUCCUAUGAGUAGUAUGCGAAUUGAAACUGGGCGGCCAAUCGGAUGUCGCUUUUUCGAGGAUGUAAAGAGCCCAAGAGGUUGGGAGUGGAGCGAAAAGAAAUGGGCAUUGGAUUUGUGGAGUAGGGAAUGGGUUGAAGAAAGGAUUAUUACAGGUGUAGAGGUGGAAACAGAGGGCGAAAGAUGGGUUUAUGACAUCAGGUACGAGGGGCAAGAGGAGGAUCCUGUAGGCGUGAUGGAUACGGGGAGUACUAGUAAUUUAGGAAGUAUGAGGGGGAAGAAAGGGGUACCGAUUAGUUGGGAGGAAGCGAGUGAGGUUGACGGGGCUGGUAGGAGGGGAGAAUGGAGAAGGAGAAGAUGGGUCCGAAUGGUUAAGAGAAGAUGGGAAAAUCAUGAAGCGGAGGUCGAAGAUGAGAAGAAUUAG